GUUUCUUGAUUUUCGGAGUCUCGAGGCUUUCCCGCGCCCGUCCUUUUACUCAUGCUUUUCAAUCUCUGCCUCGGCCGCUUCGAGCGAGCAGCAGAGUGCGGACUGCGGAGGGGUUAUGUCCUUUCAGGCCUCUGUGCAAGCUCAGCUGCGACCAUCCGAAAGAGCGAUGCGGAGUUCGUCGUUGCGUCAGGCUCUGGAGACAGAGCUGUCUGCUGCCCCUCCGUUGGUUUGAACUUGAAGACUAUAUGAAGGCGAGGCUUCUUUCCCCGGUGAUAUAAAAUUCAGCGACUGCGACCUCAGUCUCGUGCGUUGCGGGCUUUCAGUUUUACAUUGAUGACGGCUUAUCUCGCGGAAUUCCUCGAGUACAAUGCCUCAAGCUAUCUCCAACUUAUUCUGAAGAGUGGAGAGUGUCAGACGCUGCUGUUGAGCUCACCGCAAGACAUAGACGGGCUAGCGUAGUGAGGAAAUUCAUUAUACUCGAGGCGAAUUUUGCUCAGCAGACAGAGACCGGGUUCCGGUUUUUCGAAGUACUCGGAGACCAUGUUGUAGUUUGAAUUCCCUUCAUCUAUAUUAAGAUAGUAUUUACCCACGUACAUGAAUACAAGCUCCGAAGACAAGCUAGAAUCCUGAAAAGGAUAGAGGACGAAGAUGUCACACUCCAGUGGUGAGUGGGAAUGACAUUUCAGAGAGGGCUUUCAAGAGGUCGAAGAAGGACUUCAUGCAACAAAGACCGAUGGUUGUGGGUCGUAUCAGUAGAAGCGACUUUAAUCUGAAAAAUAAACUUCAAAAUUGCCCCAAACGGCUGGAAAAGCAAUUGCAGUCGAUGGAAGCCUCUAUCGAGUUCUGUUGUUCUCGUGACCGCUCAGGAUGCAUACGUCACAUGCGCAAUUCGGGAAUCCGAAGUGCAAAGCUCUACUGUGCUGGUAAUUAGCAGGAAGCUACAGUCGUGACAGAGCAGCACAGCUUUGUCUUGUGAAAAUUCCCAGCCAAAUUAAAGUCGCAAUGUUGUGCCCCCUGUCAGUAUUGCAGGUGCUGGUAGAGCGUAGCUGACCCGUAAAUCGUUCAGCGCUGAAGAUUGGUGCCGCAGUAGCCAGGUACCACUCGCUUCUGAAUGAUGUAUCUAAGGGGAUCAACAGGCUAUCCUUACAAGCGGAGAAAGGUCCAUCCUGCUAAUAGACCUGUAAAUCCACUUGACGAUGUACUCGAAUUUCGCCUUCCUGAGUGUUCAUGCCAGACCAUUCCUUGUUCCAACAAUCCGUCUCAAUAUUCGAAAACGAAUCCUUCUUUCGCUGCCUGUACUAGGACCCGUCAUGGCCGCAAUUCGGUGCAAGCACUUCAUACUGUUCGAGUGCCGAAAAUAUUUCUUAUUGGAGCUGAGGAAGCAGAGCGUGAAAGACAAUUCCUUCACCAUAAGAAGAGGAUUGUGGAAUCUCCUUCUCAGGACGUGGACAUGGAUGCAACGGAAGAGGAGGACGAAGAAGAAAAAGAGGAAGAACUGGUUUUAACGAGAGACCCAACAUCUCAAUACUACUAUUAUGAGGCCUUGCCUGAUCCCAACCUUGUGAUCGAAACAACGGAACCAUUCGUAAUUCCGAAAGUAAAAUUCGAUCCUACAGAUCUGGGCAGUUUUCCUACCAAAGCUUCUGACCUGAUGUUGUUCCGUGAGGUCAAAAGGAAGCGCGUUGAGCAGAUCGCCGUGGAUGAUCUUGAGGAUGAGGAGUCAGCGCAACCUGAAAGGGAAAAUCCACCUGGCGAACUGCUACCACCAGAUCCUGUCCGACCUGCUCGUCACUUACGUUUGAAGUACUUUGACAACCCGACUCUGGAAAUUCAACACCCGUCAGUUGUUCUGAAAGAGGUGACACUCAAGCAAGGCUGUUUACCACUGGAAUUUGCUCCCCAGAGUGACUAUAGGCACACGAGGAUCCACAUGAUCAGGAAUCUUGUUGUUGCAGACGAAGCAUUUUUGCGUGCAUUGCAGCACUUCCAUUCACAUCUCGAUAUCGAGCUUUUCACUCUUGUCUGUCCGCUCUUCUACAAGCAAGAGAAACCUUGGAAGCUUAGCAAGUUUGAACGAGCACAGAAGGCACAUAUAGAAGACCAAACUUCCUACCUUAAAUACGAAUGGCCUUCUAGAAUUGCUGGAAUGGUCGAGGACCUCGCUCCUGUAGUUGCCGAGCUUUCUGAAGUCGCCAAAGAUAAGCUCAUUAAGUUCGUAACUCGCUUAGAUUUGACAAUGUCUGAGCAGCUACAAGAAUUAGUGAUAUCUUCUGUUGAAGAGUUCAAAACAUACAUCGACUUCUACAGGACGAAAAGAACAGCGAUAGACGACGUCAAAGUUUACCUUGCGAAGCCCAGACUGCAAUCUUUUAUUGGUGAGCUACAUGUAGAAGUAGGCCGAUCCUCCACUUUCCGGGAAGGUGAUUUUAGUGUAGGAGAAGGAAAGGUCGAGGAGGUUCCGAAGGAGCCUCUGUUCAGGUUAUUUUUGAUGGUGGAUGACGAUCGCUUGAUUUAUAAGCCAUCACUGGAGCACGUUCUCCAAACAAUGGUGGCACUGCUUGAGGAUAUGGUGGAAUGCGUACAGUCUGUCGAAGGUCUCAAAUCGAGGAUACGUUCUCUUUUCACAACGUCGGAGCCAGAUAUUCUUCCAGCAGUUUCACUUGAGGAGCAACGAGUAGAAACAGCUCGAACAAUCAUAGAGGAAGUUCUAGAACUAAACUUUUUGGUGCCCAAAAAUUUGGAGCAAAUGUAUGCUGUAUUUCAAGAUCUUUUGGAGCUAAACGUCGAUGAGUAUCUGGAAAAGUAUCAGGCAGAUAAUCACACUCUUGAAGAUUAUGAAGCUGAGGUCACCCGAUUUCUUCAGGUUGCUGAUCAUGUGAAGCUAAGAUCCGAUAAAGAAACGCUUGCGAGUAUGUUUCUUAUUGAUUGCAGCAGAGUACGUGACGUGCUUGGUAAAAAAGCAAGAAGUCUCGCCUAUCAGCUCUGCACACAAGUGAUGACCGAGACGGCAAAAAAGAACGAAGUCGUUCGGUGGAAAUACACUACUAUGGAAACAAGGAUGCUCAAACCCAUCGAUAAUGCGGAAGAUCUUGAUAGCAUGGUAAAGUAUAUCGCCGAAAUCAGAUUCGACAUACCGCAGCGCAGACAAGAUGUCCAGCAAUCCCAACAGGUGUGGGAAAUGCUCGGAAGAGCAAGGUUUAUGGUACCUGAAGGCGAGGAUGAUGCAUUUUGGCAAACUGUAUCUUGGCCACAGAGAAUUCAGCGAGUUGUUGAUGAGGUUGAACAAAGUAUCACACGCAAGAAGAUGGCCUACUCUGCAGAGCACAAUUUGAAUUCCAAACAACUGAUGAUAGAUAUUAAGGCUCUAGCCGAGGUUAUGAAGGAAUUUAUGCUGUUGGGACAAAUCGAGGCCUGGGAGGAGAGAAUCAUUUACUGCCAAGAGAUGGAGGAUAAACUCAAGCGAUAUCUUGACCUAGCUUCUUUGUACAACAGUAGGGAGGAGAUCCUCGGCUUGUUUGUCACUGAAUAUGCCCUUAUAGAGCAACUUGAAAAGGCUUUUGAGUUGCACGGUAUGCUCUGGCAUACCUGCAACGACUUUCUUCGCAUAUGGCCAGCUUGGAUGGAUGGCCCAUUUCAAGAUAUAAAUGGGGAAGAAAUGGUUUUGAAUAUGGAGAAAUGGUUUCGAGCUUCUGCAAAAUGCGCGAAGAUGAUGACCAAUGUUGAAACUAAAAUAGUAGCAGAGGACCUGAAGAAGAGAAUUACAGAGUUUCAGGUUAAUGUACCGUUCAUAGCUGCUCUUCGAGCCCCUGGUAUGCGGGACCGACACUGGAAGAAAUUGUCUGAAAUGCUCGGCUUCGAAGUAUCUCUGAGCUUCUCAACUCGCAAAUUCAUCACACUAAAAAUGCCAGAGUACACUCCCCAAUGUCAGGAGAUAAGCGAGAUUGCAAGUAAAGAAUAUGGUCUUGAACGGUCUCUCGACAAAAUGCAAGGAGAAUGGAUGGGGAUCAAUUUUGAUUACAAAGAUUGGCAUAGUACCGGUACAAGUAUUUUGUGCAAUAUCGAUGAUCUCCAGACUCAGCUGGAUGACCAGCUCUUGAAAACUCAGUCGAUGCAAGCAUCCCCUUAUGUUGGACCCUUUGAGGAUCGUGUCAAAAUUUGGCUUGAAAAGCUAACCUUGAUGAAGAAGAUUAUUGACGAGUGGCUAAAAUGCCAAAUGCAAUGGACGUAUCUUGAGCCUAUCUUUACAUCUGAAGAUAUCAUGCAGCAAAUGCCCACAGAAGGGCGCAGGUUCUUGCAAGUUGAUAGAGUGUGGAGAAAUAUCAUGAAGAAGCUAAAGAUGAACCCGGAUGCCAUGUCAGUAGGUAAUGAUGAAGAAAUAUACCAGGACCUGAUCCAGAAUAAUAAGGAUCUUGAUGUGAUACAAUCAGGCUUGAAUGACUAUCUGGAGACUAAACGCCUUGCCUUUCCCAGAUUUUACUUUCUGUCCAAUGACGAACUACUAGAAAUAUUGGCGGAGACCAAAGAUCCCCUUAGGGUGCAGCCGUUCCUCAAGAAGAUUUUUGAAGGAAUACAUCUCAUUGAGUUUACCCCACAUCUUUUCAUUGUUGCAAUGCUAAGUGAGGAGGGAGAACGAGUAGAGUUCGAUAUGAUCGUGAACCCCAAAGCUGCGAAGGGUGCGGUGGAGAAAUGGUUCACGCAGGUGGAGCAAACAAUGAGAACAAGUUUGCGCUAUGUGACAACUCGUGCUUUCAAGGCAUAUGCAGUGAAGUCCCGGGUCGAGUGGCUGCUCGAUUGGCCUGGACAGGUGGCAAUAUGUGUAUCACAAAUGUACUGGACUGCAGAGGUUAUAGAAAGCAUUCGCCAGAAUAACUUGAGGGAGUACGAGCAAAAGUGCACUCUUCAACUUCAAGGAAUAGUGAACAAGGUUCGUGGUAAACUCACUAAGCUCGAGAGAAAGACGAUUGGGGCCCUGAUUGUGCUCGAUGUUCACGCACGAGACGUGGUGAAGAGUUUAGCAGACGCACAACUGAAAGAUGAGACAGACUUCGAUUGGAUUUGCCAACUAAGGUAUUACUUCGAAGAGGAAAACGUGAUGGUACGGAUGAUUAAUGCGGGCUUGCAGUAUGCCUUCGAAUAUCUUGGCAACAGUCCACGCUUAGUUAUCACCCCACUUACAGAUCGAUGCUACCGUACUCUUAUGGGUGCUCUGCAUCUCAAUCUGGGUGGAGCUCCUGAAGGUCCAGCAGGAACUGGUAAAACUGAGACCACCAAGGAUCUAGCAAAAGCUAUCGCGAUGCAGUGUGUUGUUUUCAAUUGCUCUGAUGGUUUGGACUAUCUUGCUAUGGGAAAAUUUUUCAAAGGAUUGGCCAGUUCUGGUGCUUGGGCAUGUUUUGAUGAAUUCAAUCGAAUUGACCUAGAGGUGCUAAGUGUCAUAGCACAGCAGAUUCUGACGAUUCAGAGAGCUAAGGCGGCGCUCAUGACAUCUUUUGACUUCGAAGGCACCAGACUUACACUGAAACCUAGUUGCAGUGUGUUCAUCACCAUGAAUCCUGGAUAUGCUGGACGUUCCGAGUUGCCUGAUAACUUAAAGGCGUUGUUUCGAACUGUCGCUAUGAUGGUUCCAGAUUAUGCCCUAAUAUCUGAGAUAACUCUAUAUUCAUAUGGUUAUCUUGAGGCUCGUGAACUUGCAAGGAAACUUGUGGCUACAUAUCGUCUAUGCAGUGAACAACUAUCCAGCCAAAAUCACUAUGACUACGGGAUGAGAGCUGUUAUUUCAGUAUUGAGGGCAGCGGGUGCGGUGAAGCAGAAGUAUCCAGGAGAGAGAGAGGACGUUCUGAUGCUGAGAUCUUUGAAGGAUGUAAAUUUGCCAAAGUUUCUUGCUCACGAUAUUCCACUUUUCGAAGGGAUUCUGAAGGAUUUGUUUCCAGGAGUAGCGCUUCCAGCUCCAGAUUAUAAGGAUAUGCAAGAAGCUAUCGAAGCUAAUUGCUUGAAGUUCAAUCUCCAACCCACUUCUGUUUUUCUAGAGAAGAUUUUUCAGCUUUAUGAAAUGAUAUUGGUUCGACAUGGUUUGAUGCUGGUUGGCUAUUCAUAUGGGGCGAAAACUGAAUGUUACCGUGUGCUUGCAGCUGCAUUGUCAGAUCUUCAAGCAAGAAAUUUGGAACUGAUAACGAGGUAUUUUGUGCUCAAUCCUAAGUCAAUCUACAUCGGACAGCUUUACGGGCAGUUUGAUCCUGUUUCGCAUGAGUGGACCGAUGGCGUGCUGGCCAAAAUUUUCAGAGAUGCUGCAGUGGACACAACACCUGACCGCAAAUGGAUCAUAUUCGAUGGUCCAGUGGAUGCAGUGUGGAUCGAGAAUAUGAACACAGUUCUUGAUGACAACAAAAAGUUGUGCCUCAUGAGUGGUGAGAUUAUCCAAAUGACAUCGGUGAUGAACCUAAUUUUUGAAGUGCAAGAUCUGGCGGUGGCUUCUCCAGCGACUGUAAGUCGUUGUGGAAUGGUUUACACAGAGCCAUCUGGAUUAGGGUUCUGGCCUUUAAUCACAUCUUGGGAGAAGAAAACAGCUGAAAAUUUUCACAAUCUUGAAGAUGCAAUGCCCAUGAUCCGAUCGAUGAUAAGGUGGCUGAUUGAGCCCUGUGUGGACUUUGUUCGCAAGCAUUGUAAGGAGCUCAUUGCAACCUCGCCCACAAAUCUUGUCAACAGCUUUCUGAACAUGUUUGAGAGCCAGCUGGACGAGUUCAAGGCUGCCCCUGUCAAGGAGGUUCAAAGAGGUUCAAUUGUUGUGUCAGAAGAGAAUUCUUUCCUUCCAGCUCCCAAGGGUAAUGACCUGGACGUUUGGAUUCAGUGCCUGUUUGCGAUGUCUGUUGUGUGGUCCAUCGGAGCAACAGUAGAUAAAGAAGGAAGAUCAAGAUUUGAUCAAUUUCUUCGAAGACUGCUUAACAAAGAAGAUGAUCUUGGUUGUGAUCUCUCAGCCGGUUUGGUCAUACAGAAACCCGCUUUCACAAUGGCCCUACCAUAUCCCGAUGCUAACACAGUAUAUGAUUACUGUUUCUGGAAAGUCGAAACAUCAUGGAAAGAAUGGAUUACGACAGUUGACACGAGGCCCCCGCAUCAUGAAUUAUCAUACACUGACAUUAUUGUUCCGACUGGUGAUACUGCCCGGUACUCGUUCCUGUUUGUGAUUCUUGUUACUCAUCACAAACAUGUAUUGUUUGGUGGACCUACUGGUACAGGUAAGACUGUGUACAUAAAACACGAGUUGGGCGUUACACUUGACAAAGACUUGUAUCGGAGCAUUUUGAUGACUUUUUCUGCACAAACAAAUGCCAAUCAAACUCAGGAUAUCAUUGAUAGCAAACUUGACAAGAGGAAAAAAGGAGUUUUCGGCCCUCCAGCCGGGAGCAGAUGUGUAAUCUUUAUUGACGAUUUGAACAUGCCUGCUCUUGAGGUUUACGGUGCUCAGCCUCCGAUUGAAAUUUUACGCCAGUGGAUGGAUCAUGGCGGAUGGUACAACAGGGAAGAUAAUACGUUUAAGGUACUUGUGGACAUUCAGUUUGCAGCCGCAAUGGGACCACCUGGUGGGGGCCGUAACGCUGUAACUCCUAGAUAUAUGAGGCAUUUCAAUGUGCUCUCGAUCCUUGAUUUUGAUGACUCCAGCUUGAGCAGAGUCUUCACUACUAUCAUGGAUUGGUGGAUUAGAAAGGCUCACCUGCCUCAUGAGGUCACUUCCAUAACGAACAUCCUGGUGACAGUGACUAUUGAAGUAUAUAGAGCUAUACAACAGGAACUUUUACCCACUCCAUCGAAGUCUCACUAUCUUUACAACAUGCGAGAUAUAUCCAAGGUGUUUCAAGGUGUUUGUAUGGUUGGAGUUACUGUUGGUAAAAAAGGACUAGUGCGACUAUGGUGUCAUGAAUGUUUGCGGGUUUUCCACGACAGACUUGUUGAUGAUGAGGACCGAUACUGGUUUCUAAACUACAUGAGAAGUAAGAUUGACAAGGACCUGACUCUAAGUUUAGAUUAUCUCUUCGGAGUCCAAGAUGAAGGCACGAACAUAGUCGAGGCACUCAAGAAUUUGACCUUUGGAGAUAUAAUGGAUGCUACAGCAAUUCCAAAGAGGUAUGAAGAUAUCGAAGACCAAGAAAAGCUUCUAUCGGUGAUGGAGGAGGGACUGGAGGAGUACAAUGCUCAAACUAGGAAUACUAUGUCUCUUGUCCUUUUUAGUUAUGCAGCCCAACACGUUCUCCGUAUAAGUCGUAUAAUCAGACAGCCUUAUGGCAAUGCUUUGCUGGUGGGCGUGGGAGGAGGCGGGAGACAAUCCCUUACAAGGCUUGCAACCUUCAUGGCAGGAUUUGGCAUUUUCCAGAUCGAAAUUACGAAACUAUAUGGCAUCAUGGAAUGGAGAGAAGACCUCAAGACAGUAUUGAAGCGAGCUGGAGGACAGAAUGUGUCCACAGUUUUCUUGGUCAAUGAUACUCAACUGAAAUUGGAGCAAUUUCUUGAAGACAUCAAUAACAUUCUGAACACAGGAGAGGUUCCCAACCUUUAUCCAAAAGACGAAAUGAUGACCAUAUUAGAGAUACUAAAACCACGUGCAAAGAGGGCUGGCAGAGAUAGCUCCAUGCAAGAGUUGUACCUGUACUUCGUUGACCAGUGCCGCAUUAAUCUGCACUUAGUUAUCUGCAUGAGCCCUUUUGGAGGUGCAUUUCGGACCAGGUUGCGGAUGUUUCCAUCCCUUGUGAAUUGCUGUACAAUUGAUUGGUUCAGUGAGUGGCCUGAGGAGGCCCUUCGGUCUGUGGCUUCCAAAUUUGUUUCGGAGAUAGACAUUGAUGAAAGUCUUCACCAACAUGUCAGAGAUAUGUGCAUGAUGUUUCAUCAGCAAUCAGCUGACUUGUCAAAAUUGUAUCUUCAAGAGCAGCAACGUCAUUUCUAUAUCACGCCUACCUCGUAUCUUCAACUCUUAUCAACUUAUAAUCAUCUCUUGACAGAGAGAAGAUCGGAGGUUAACACUCUCAGAAAUCGAUACAAGAUGGGAAUGAGCCAACUCAUGGAAGCAGAAGGGCAAGUCAAGAUUAUGCAACAUGAAUUGGAAGCCUUGCAGCCUUCACUCUUAAAAACAGCAAAAGAAACAAUCGAACUUUUGAAGGUGGUGGAACUGGACAGAGAAGAAGCUAAAAAAACACGCUCCCUUGUUGAAUCUGAAGAAGCGGUUGCUAAGGUCAAAGCAGAGGAGGCAAAUCUUAUCAAGGAAGAGUGUGAAGCUGAUCUCGCUGUUGCUUUGCCGGCCUUGAAUGCGGCUCUUGCUGCGUUGGAUACGCUAACAAAAGCCGAUAUAACAGAAGUGAAAGCUAUGAAAAAUCCUCCUAAACCAGUGAAACUCGUGAUGGAGGCAGUAUGCAUCAUGAAAGAGAUCAAGCCAAAGAGGAUUCCAGAUCCUAAGAAGCCAGGAGAUAAGAUCAAUGACUACUGGGGACCAGCGCAAAAUAUGUUAACUGACACAGCGUUUCUACCUAGCCUGAAAUCCUUUGAUAAAGAUCACAUUCCAGAGCAGGUCAUUAAAGUAAUACAGCCAUAUCUUAAGCUUGAUGAAUUCGAUCCACAAGUUGUCAAGAAAGCCUCCAAGGCAGCUUAUGGUCUUUGCUGCUGGGUACGCGCCAUGGACCAGUACGAUAAAGUGAUAAAGGUCGUGGCUCCCAAGCAAGCAAAGCUAGAGGCAGCUAGUGCCGAAUUCCAGACGCUUCAAGUUGCUCUCGCUAAGAAAAAGGAACUUCUCCAGAGUGUGGAACAAAAGGUGCAAAAGCUGGAAGAAAAUCUCCAGCUGGUGGACAAGAAAAAAGCCCGACUUGAGGCAGAAGUACUGUAUUGUCAACAGAAACUUGCUCGAGCGGAGAAGCUGAUUGGAGGAUUAGCAGGUGAGAAAGUGCGUUGGACGGAUGUGAUCGAGGAGUUGAGUGUAGUCUACCACAAUUUAACUGGCGAUACUCUCCUGGCGUCUGGUUACAUUGCAUACCUCGGCCCUGUCACUUUGAAUUACCGAGAAAAGUUACUGAAAGGAUGGUCAACAGUGUGCAAGGAAUAUUUUAUACCCUGCUCUGAGGAAUUUGUACUUUCCAAAAUUCUUGGAAAUCCAGUAACGAUACGUGACUGGGUUAUUGCUGGACUACCCAACGAUGGCUUCUCUAUUGACAAUGCAAUAGUAAUGAACUUGGCGAGAAGGUGGCCGUUGUUAAUUGAUCCUCAAGGCCAAGCAAACAAGUUCAUUAAGAAUAAGGAGAAGGAGAAUAAUCUACAGGUUAUGAAACUUAGUGACCUGGAUUUUGCAAGAAAGCUAGAAAUGUGCAUUUCGUUCGGGUUCCCUCUUCUCAUUGAGAACAUUGGGGAGGAACUGGAUCCAACUCUUGAACCCUUACUGGUAAGGGCUGUCUUCAAGAGUGGUGGUCAGCUUCAAAUUAGACUCGGUGACAAUACAAUCAUUUACAACGAGAAGUUCAGACUUUACAUCACUACAAAGUUGCGCAACCCUCACUAUGCACCAGAGAUUGCGGUGAAGGUCACAUUGCUGAACUUCGCGAUCACGCCGGAGGGUCUAGAAGAUCAACUUUUGGGGGAAGCAGUGAAAAACGAGCGGCCAGAUUUGGAAGAGCAGAAGACUCACCUUGUGGUGCAGGGUGCGGAAAAUCAGAAACAACUAAAAAAUAUUGAGGACCGUAUCAUUGAGGUUCUUACAGACCAAGAAAGCAAUAUCUUAGAAAGCGAGAAGGCGAUCGAAAUCGUUUCGUCAUCGAAAAUUUUAUCAACAGAAAUAGCAGAGAAACAGAGAAGUGCAGUAAAAACCGAAGCUAAAAUAGAUGAAGCCCGUAAGGGCUACAUUCCUGUUGCACGGCAUGUCGGAGCGUUGUUUUUCACCAUCUCCAGUUUGGCCUUUAUUGAUCCUAUGUACCAGUAUUCUUUGACAUGGUACCUGCAGCUCUUUGUGGUGGCAAUGAGUGAAUCUCCGAAAUCCACCCAGUUGGAAGCGCGCAUUGAGAGCUUGAACGACUACUUUACUUUCUUGCUAUACUCUAACGUAUGCCGGAGCCUUUUUGAGAAAGACAAGAUGCUUCUCUCGUUUCUUAUUGGGACGACUCUAGCACUGAUGCAAGGGAAGAUGACUGCAGAAGAACUGAGAUUUUUGUCGGCUGGUCCUUUGACAGUGGACAAGAAUAUACCAAAAAAUCCCGUACCUUGGUUUGCGAGCAAACAAUGGGCAGAAAUGGUUGAGGCCUCGAAAAUGGAAUCGUUUCAGGGUCUGAGUGCUGAUUUCAUUUCAAACCCCCAAAAGUGGAAGCACAUAUACGACAGCCAGCAACCGUACGAGGAAGAUCUUCCAGACGAAUGGGGCACAAAACUCACUCCUUUUCAAAGACUUAUUAUAAUCCGGUUGAUCAGGCCAGAUAAAAUCGUGAUGAGUACGAGCAGCUUCAUACUGGAAACCAUGGGUCAACGUUAUGGAGAACCUCCGGGCUUUGACCUUGCUAAGGCCUAUCACGACUCGAACGCACUAUCUCCCCUCAUCUUUCUGCUUUCCCCUGGAUCAGAUCCAAUGGCAGCUCUCUUGAACUUUUCAGAGGAAUUCGGUAGAACGGUAAACACAAUCUCUCUUGGUCAAGGACAAGGACCAAAAGCGGCAGCUCUCAUCGCUGCAGCAGUUCACAGGGGCGACUGGGUCGUUCUGCAAAACUGCCAUUUAUCAGCGUCAUGGAUGCCUCAUCUCGAGAGAAUAUGUGAGGAAAUUACUCGGGAAACCACGAAUGCUGCCUUCCGACUUUGGCUUACAAGCUAUCCUUCAGAUCAAUUUCCCGUAUCUCUUUUGCAGAAUGGCGUUAAGAUGACCAACGAAGCUCCCAAAGGGCUCCGAGCCAACAUGCUGCAGAGCUACCAAAGCUACCCACUGAACGACCCGAAAUUCUUCAACAUGGCGGGUGACAAGGGACCUGUUUGGCGAAAGAUGUUAUUUGGCUUAUGUUUCUUCCACGCCGCAGUUCAAGAACGAGUCAAAUUUGGUCCUCUUGGAUGGAACAUUCCUUAUCAGUUCAGUGAUCCGGAUCUCAAAAUCAGCAUGCGACAACUGCAAUCCUUUCUCAUUGAGUUUCCAGAAAGCGUGCCCUUUAAGGCUCUUUUGUACUUAACUGGUGAAUGUAACUAUGGUGGUCGAGUGACCGAUGCACACGACCGAAGAACACUGAACAGCAUACUCUCUAUCAUCUACACACCUCGAAUUUUGAAUGAAGACUACUGGUUGUCUCCCUCGGGAACAUAUUUUGCACCAUCAGAUGGGGAGUAUUCUCAUUACCUUGAGCAUAUCAAAGCUUUCCCUCUUAUUGCGAUGCCCGAGGUCUUCGGACUGCACGAGAAUGCAGAUAUUACCAAGGAUCAACAGGAAUCAAACAUGUUCUGUUCCGCAGUUCUAUCUACUCAGAGUGCUACAAAAGCAGGCGCUGGUAAGAGCAGGGAUCAGGUGAUACUUCAAUUGGCAGAGGAAAUGUCAUCGACUCUACCAGCAGAUUUUGAUGUUGAGCUGACUCGUUACAAGUACCCAGUAUUGUAUAAGGAGAGCAUGAAUUCAGUUCUUGUCCAAGAGAUGGUUCGGUUCAACAGACUAACUUCGGUAACUGACACCACGCUUACUCUUGAAAUAUGCAAUGGACAAUUACUUCUUUGAUGCUGGCAAUAGCGAGAGAGACAAGACUAGAAGUUUCGAGAUCCAAGCUUUUUUUGUGAUUCGUGGGGAGCAGUAGAGUGUACCCCAGAGUGUAGUCUCCGUUAUUUUAACAAACUGACGAAUUUCUAAAGUUUUCAGAUAGUUAAACACCCCAGUCCAGAAUGGCUGUACUCCAUUGUAACUCACCGUGUGGUGACCUUCGAACUUUCGUACUGGCAAGACAUACCUUCCUCCGGGAUCAGACCCAAAAACAUUCACACAAAGACCACUAGAACAGAUAACAAUUGAAAUAGCCACUGAUACU